UCCGCCUCCGCCGCUUGCGGGGCCGGAGGACGUGCGUGGCGGGCGGCCGCCUACUCAUUGCGUGAACGGGCUGCUCACGGAGUGGAGGAGGCGGCGGCGGCCAGCGCCAUUCAAGCCGGCGGCUCAUCGCUCCUCCGCGGCCCUCAGAGGCAGCUUUUCUCCGGAAAGAAAUGCACGUUCUUUCCUGGCACGGCGUGUCCAAGCGCCUUCCCCUCGCUGUUCUCCUCCCAACAGCCCUGUGAGGUGGGCCAGGUGUGGAGCCCACUUCCCCUCGAGGAGCUCAAGGGCGCAUGCGCGGACCCCUUUUCACCCUCGCAACAGCCCUGCAAAGCAGGCUAAGCAAAGAGGAACAUGGCCCACGGUUGCAUAGCGAGCAGCACGCAGAUCUGGAUUCAGCUUACAAUACAGAAGAUAGAGAAAUGGUAUUCUGUCUAAAAAGAGGGCCAUUGGAUGCUUGUGAGGCAUGAUUCCUAGAGUUCCAAAAGCAUGGACCUGCCUGUGGAAAAAUGGAAGGUUUACGUUAGUCAGAAAUGGACUUCCCUGGAGCCUUCACUGAAGGAGAAGCUGCUUUGUCCCACGUCACUCAAGGACAACUUCCUUGCGUUCUUGACUCUCCUCCAGCCUGAAGAUGAAGAAUAUUUGCUCAGCCUGUCCAGAUACUACUCUGUGAAAAAAGAUCCUGCCUUGGCGCUUUCUUGCAAGGAGGCUGGGAAUGAAAUGUUUCGGAAAAAGGAGUACAGGACAGCAGCAGUGCUGUAUUCCAGGGCUUUGUCCCACACAGAGACUGGCAGUCCAGAAAUGGCCAUAUGUUAUGCUAACCGCUCUGCGGCCCUUUUUCACCUGGGCCAGUUUGAGGAUUCUUUGGAAGACAUUAGAUGGGCAGAGGAAGAGGGCUACCCAGACAGGUUAUACACGAAGAUUUUGCUGCGGAAGGCUGAGUGUCUCCUUUCUCUAGGAAAAUUUAAGGAAGCGGCAGACGCCCUCAGCUUUGUGGAGAACAAGAUGUCUGUAGACCAGAGCCUGAAAGCUACCGGCCACCAGUUGCUGCUUAGUAAGCUCAAUCAGCUGAAAGUCAAAGCCGGCAAGGAGAACAGUAGCUCAGUCUGCCGGCCUGCCGUGCCUGGCCAGGCCCAGAGGCCCCUGGAGCCCUGGGAGAAAAGUGACCGGAUUCCGUGUGCUUCGCCCUCAGUCUGCUUGAGCUUUUCCACCCGCAAAGGGCGCCAGUUAGUUGCCGCCAGGGAGAUCCUUCCCGGCGAGAUCCUCGUGAGGGAAGAGGCUUUUGUGAGCGUGCUGCAUCCAGGAGAAAGCUUCCUGCUCCGAGGCAGCGCCGAGGCCGUGCUAUGCUGGCAGCUUGCUAGCAAAGACCUGCACUGCCACCGCUGCCUGAAGGGAGCGCUGGCGCUUGUUCCCUGCCAGGGAUGCAGCUACGCCAAGUACUGCAGCCCCGGGUGUGCCCGGCUGGCAUGGGAGAGCUACCACAGGAAGGAGUGUCCCCUCGGCGGGCUGCUCCUUGCCCUGGGCGUCUUCUGCCAUGCCUCCCUCAGAGCCGUUCUGGUGGCCGACUGCGCAGAGCUCAGCGCUUUAGUGGCGCAGUCACGCGAGGAGGGCACGGUGGAGCCCGGGGCCGAGGCGCACGCUCCCCGGGCUGCCACGGAGAGGGCUCCCGCCCCCAUUCCCGGAUGUGAUGCCGACGGACGAUACUGCAGCGCCUACAAAGCUGCCUUCAGCCUUCUGACGCACACCGAGAAGCACAGCCCGGAGUUCAGGUUCCUCUGCGGCCUGAGCGUCGCUGCCUUGUGCAGGAGACUCGGAGAUGUUGGUCUGGAGGCUUCGAUUCCCGGGAAAGACAUGUCGGAGGACCAAGAAGAACCGAGCGCUGCUCUGGUGCCUCCUGCCUUGAGCGUCUUGGGGGAGGCCAUGCUGAGACACAUGCUGCAGCUGCAGUGCAAUGCGCAGGCGGUGACCGUUCUCCGCGCGUCAGGAUCUGAAGACAAGCUGGUCGCUAGCAGUGAGCAGGUGCGCCUGGCCACAGCCAUCUUCCCAGUGGUUAGUCUUCUGAACCAUUCCUGUGAUCCGAACACCAGCGUGACCUUCAGCUGCAGCACUGCCGAAGUCCGGGCUCUGCAGCCGAUCGCCAGAGGGCAGGAGAUUCUCCACUGCUAUGGGCCUCACAGGCGCAGAAUGGGGGCCGCCGAGCGACGCAGGCGGCUCCUUGCUCAGUAUUUCUUCGAAUGUCGCUGCCCAGCCUGCUUGGAGGAGCUGCGGCCCGGUUUCGGGAACAGAGCCUCCCCCGCCCAAGGCUGCCUCUUUCGCUGCCCUGACUGCCGGAUGCCCAUGCAGGAAGAAGGAGGCCUCCUCCGUUGCUCCAGCGGGGCCUGCGAAGCACUCGUCCCCGAGGACGACGUCCAGCACCAGCUGCGGGAUCUUAAGCAGCGGACUGAGACAGCCUUGGAGCUUUUGGAGCACGGGGAGCCAGGGCAGUCAGUGGAGUUGCUGCAGAAAUGCAGGCUGGAUGCCAAGCGAUUCCUCUCUCCGGCGCACCUGGCCAUGGGUGAGAUUGAGGAUCGUCUGGCCCAGGCAUACGUUACCAUGGGGAAGUGGCCUGAAGCCGCAGGGCAUGUGCGUCGCAGUGUGCAGGCCGUGGAAGCCCAUUACGGGCCUUCCAGCAUAGAAGCAGGACAGGAACUCUUCAAACUGGCACAGAUCCUCUUUAAUGGGCGUGCCGUGUCGGAAGCCCUGCACACCAUCCGGAAGGCCGAGGCGAUCUUAUCCACGCACUUGGGUUCCCGGAGCUCCCAGGUCCAAGAACUGCAAGAGAUGAAGGCUUGCCUGGAAGAGCUGCUCGGAGCCUCCACUGCAGCAGCAGCCAAGAUGGCGUAAGUGGAAUUCACAGACCCCCACCAGCUAGGCUGCUGCUCAGCUUUGCCCUUGCCGGGAGGUGAAGUCGAAACGAUGGGGCACAUACCUCUCACACAUUGGACAGUUUGGAGAGAAAAUCAUGCGUUCAGAUCAUUGUGGUCAUCCCUUUAGGCUUGAAAAAAACAUCCCUAUCUCUGUUUACUGUUUGUCGGGGCACCAGGAAGCCUCCCGAUAACCAUCUGGCACAUUCAACACUGUCUUCCUUUGCAGGAAGUUUUGUGGAGCCUUCUUAUCACCACAUGUUUUGAGCAAAGAUGCCCGGGGUGGAAACUGAUGCCUUCCGCACGCACAGCACACUCUCUCCACAUUCUCCCCACCCCUCCCAUGAAGCUGCUGCCAUCUUUGCCAAGGUUGCGUGUGUAUAAGGUGAUGGAGACCUGAAACUGGUAGAGGAGCCCAGAAAGGGGGGAGGGGGAGCAGGUAUUCGUGAAUGGGAGAAGGGGACCCACUCUGCUUCUGGAAUUCAUGGGGGUCUUGAGCACUGUGCGUUGCAAAGAGGUAGGGCAUUUCCGGCUCCUUUCCUUCAGUGACUUCCUCUUCCUUCUCUGAGGACAGAAGAAGUAACCUCACCGAGUAACAAAAUUAGAAGCUACUUAUUGGUCUGCAAAGCUGGGUAGCAGAGAUGCUGGUGAGCAAACGGAGGACACACCUGUUUGCACCCCUAGGAGCCCCCCAAAAGAGGGCCUCACGCUGCGAGGGGCAGCUGUGGUCGGCAGGUGAAGUGGCCCCUCGUGCCGGCUCAUCUAGGCUACAAGAACAUUGGCUGGUUGCUCCACUGCUCCCCACAAGGGGACAACAUUGCCAGUUAGUUGUGAGGACACUGUGUUGUGUUUCCUGCCCCGAGAGUCCCCCUGAACAGGGCAGCAAGGAAGGGGGGUGGCCUGCCUCUUCUCGGCUUCCUCUCAGUGGCUACCUCCCUUGGCACUUCCUCUGUCGGGAGCCUUGGUAAAAGAUGUUCUGACCCAGUGUGAGAGUUGUUCUCGGGAGAGUCCUCUGACCCAAUGCGAGAGCUGCUCAUUAUGGCAGAAGCACUUUUAU